UUUGACAAUUUCCGUAAUGAGAGUUCUUCAGACUCAUGCACUCGAGCGUUGGUGGAUCAGACCUUUGAGUAAUCUUACAGUUGCAGUCAAGGAUAGCAUAUGCACAAUGCUCGUCGGGCAUGCUUCUCUGUAUAUUGAAUAGCGUGCCUCAUUCUCGUUCUAAUUCUAUUACAGAGUUCACUUCACCAUUUGAGGCGACGGCAGUGGAGCUUCUGAAGGUGGGAGGUCUGAAUAUUAUUGGGAAGGCUAACUGCGAUGAAUUGGAGUGGGGCAAACCUUACCUCUUGGGUUUUGCAGCUUUUCGCCAACACUCAUACCCUCAUGUCCCUGGACGUGAACAGCAUCCACUCGCAUCAGUUGCAUCGCCCCGGCCCCGUGGUGAAUCUGUAUCAUUCUCCAGAUGAAAAAUCCAUACCAUGAGCCGAGCGCGAACGAAGAUCAGUGGGUGGAAGCUCGGGUGGAAAUGCUGUAGCUGUUGCGGUGAGAGACAGUGCACCAGGUACAGAUACAGGUGUCUCUGUUCGUUUUCCCGCGUCAUACUUAGGUAUUACGGGCUUGAAAUCCUCGUAUGACCUCAUUAGCAGGUCUGUCACUUUACAACUCCUAUUUUCAGAAAUUCAUGGACUGCAGAUGGGGUAUGGUUUCUUUUGCUGAUAGUCUUGACUUGUGUCGGUGUGCCUGGCAAGUCCGUCGACACAGUGAGACCACAUUUAGUGAACACGACAAGAAUGAGCGAGAGCACCUGAGUUGACAAUUCGAGCAGA